AUGAAUUCAACCAAAAAAUCCGCUUCGGACCUCGUGGGGGAGGUAAAACCCCAACAACCGGCGACUGAUAGUGAAUUGGACGAGGAGGAGCUACUGCGCUCAGAUGAUGAGACUCUGGCUCCGUCCAUUUCAGAGGGAAUGAUCGAGGAGUAUGAGCGAUACGAAAAGGAGCACCCAGAAACGCUUUUGCCUCCCCAAACGAAGCGCAACCGCUCACAAGAAGUGAGCGAGAGCGCUCCGAAGAGAGCCAAAGACGCGAAGGGCGCCCCAAGACCGACCACCUUUGUCAAAACGUCGAAAAAAUUCAGCGAGGUGGCCCGAGAUAGCCUCGCUAUGGCCCUUGUUGAUAAGCUCAACGACGAUGGGCGCCUUCUGAUGGAGAAAUGGGAGGAGGUCGAGACCCAGUUGGCAGAGAUGGUGACUGACAAACUACUGUCCGAGCCAACGGGCCAGUCACCCUCCUUUGACUCCUCGGACAUGGUUAGGGGGCACCGGGUGAUCAGGUGCGACGAUGAGUUCUCGCGGGACUUCCUGGCGGAUUGCGUUGCCAGACUAGGCAAGGCAUGGAAGGGGAUUAGCAUUAAGCUGGUCCCCGCCAGGGACAUCCCAAGGAGACCCAGAGCUCGCAUCUGGUUACCCAAGGGGCUGUCUAGCCAUGAAAGGGUGCUCAAGACUCUGCGAGCGAUGAACAAGGGAGUUGAUAUGGAGGACUGGGCCAUUCUCAAAGCUGAACGUGAAAUGAAGUCCAGCCAGCCAUACCUAUUCUUGAUCAACCAGCGCUGCCUAGAACAGCUGAAGGCAGCAGAAAACAAAGUCCGGUACGGCAUCAGGAAAGCCAAGGUGAAGGUCUUCCUAGACGAACCGGACGAUAUUCUGGAAGAUGAAGUCGAAGACGCCAAUAAGCUGCUGGACGAUUUGGCGAUCGACGACAGCACCCCCAACACCACCCCAAUCUAA